ACAAAAUCAGUAACGCAUGCUAGCACUACGUAGUUCGAAGUAAGUGAAAUUUUGCUUGGACUUUCUCUAUUUUACGCAGUUGGAGGCAACUAACUUCAGAAGAGGCUUCUCCAAAAAACGUGACCAUGGCUCCUGUGACGGCGAUAGCCGGAGCCGGGGGCGUGUCCGCAACCGGUGCGUUUCUACCCGCGGCAAAAGCCCUGAAAUACGGCGGAGCAAACGCGAGUUUGUUGUCGAAGUCGUCAAACUUUCUCCAGAAGUAUUUCCCCUCAGUCAGUAGCUUUGUCGAGCUCGACGCGGGCAUAGUACAUUUGUUGUUCGUCUGCGCGUGCAUUUCCAUCAUUGUUUUCCGUGGCUCCGCGUCCCAGUUUUCGGCAAGGACCCAAGUGUUGCUGCUACUCUGCUACUGCUGCAACUUACUGCUGAGAAAAAUCUCCGCGAGCUACUGGUGGGUGUGGGGGCUGUGCGUCGCGCAGGGCUGUUUGUGUACCACUUCUUUGAGGUGCUUUGGUUUCGUUUGCAAUUUGCUCAAGUGAAGUACCUGUUUUUGUCCUGACCAGCACCACUAGGUAGUUACCUGCAUCUCUAUGCUUAAUCAAGGUAUCCUGUUCUACCCGAAUUUACGAAAGUACGGCUUGGGCGACAAACGGGAGCGCACCUUGGUUGGCUGCGUCGUUGGGUUGGCGAUUGUGCUCGGUAUUGUGCACUACGAGUUUUCAUCCGCCGCAGCUUCGAGUCCUGCUGGAAUACCAGGACAACCCCUCGACGCGUCUGCAGCAGCGAACGCAGCAGCACCCACACCUAACGGAGAAGCUGGCACAGCCAGUAGUACGACACCCUCAACAAACUUCCAGUUCAGCAAUAUCUUCGGCAGCCACCGACUCACGCUCUUCGGAAGUGACUCCGUCCUGAAGCAAAACACGCAUCAAGCGCUCGCGAAGUAUUUUUCGUCUAUUUAGUUGGUUCGUUUCGAUGCUGAUGCUCGUCGGAAUAUGAAUGUGUAGCACGUGCGUGUAGCUCAAUUUGAUACAAGAAAUACUAAAUUUCACUUCUAGCGCCAAGUCCGAGUCCCUUCUGCACUACUUCGGGCAGUCGGUUUUCAACUUCUUCGCCCCUUUCCUCAUCGGCUUCAAACGCAGUCUGGAGGGGCUGGCGAUUUUCCCGCAGUAUCGGUCAGCGGUCUACCUGACCGAGUCCAUUGAUUGGCGCAUCUACGCCUGGAUACUGCUGUUCGCGAGUUACGAACUGCAGCUCGCGAUUGCGUACUUCGGGCUCUUCCACUUCAUACCACUCCUGGAAAUGGGCGGCCUGGUCUGGUUCGCCAUGAUGACCACGAGGAAAAUUGUGCGAAAAAACAGCAAGCCAAAAUACGAGGAUUUCGGGAUCUCGGGGCGCAGCAUCGACGCGGAAUUAGCGGAAAUCAGGGGAUUGAUGGAAGACGCGCCGGUCAUGGGAAGCUGGGACGUGUUGUGAUAUCAAUUUCGCCUUCAUCCAUCAAAUCAGACGUCGUUUUCGUUUGGCGAAACUAUCGUUUUCUGAUUCGUCCUUGAAAGAGGCUGCGCUCUGUACCAAUUGAAUACUUGUCGCCUGGCUCCCUUUCAAAGUUGUGUUGUAUCUUGGAGGCGCGCUACCGCAUCUAUGGACAAUCAGAAUCAUGGGAAGUGCUUAGAUACGAAAAAAAUUAUGUGAAAACCAGCAUGCAGAAACCACACUCCAAGAGGAGCUCAGCGGUUGCGUCUUGUCUGGCUGUAUCGUGAAAAUGUAAAAAACCUUGAACACAGAAGUUUCAGACCUGCGGCUGAGCGCAAAGCGGCAAGCUCAUUGCUGUUUGUGAU